CUCUCGUCCCUCAUUCCCAGUUGACCGCUGCUCAAGUCAACACCUCUGGCAUUACCACACACACUUAGCUGCCUUUAUACCAGUACGAGUGAUCAAGCUCGGCGACCUUACGUGUGUGUCAACCAUCACCUCCUGUAGACACAGACGAAGAGUUGUGUGAGGAUGGCUGACCUCGGGAGUAAUACCUGGCGGGUGCUGGCAGUGACGGCGCUGGUAGUGGCGCUCUCACCCGUCACUCCAGCACAACGGACAGAAAACUGUAACACAGAAGUUUCACCUGCCUUCCCUAACAAGGUCGAUGUUAGCUGCAAUUGCAUGCAACGACUCAUUAAUUUUACCCAGACCAUCGCAGAGCUGACCAUCAACCAAACAUCUUGCUCCAACAAGGGGCUGGAGUUGAAGUGGUCCGACUUGGAGACGCACGUGGCUCCAGAAACUCUUAUCCUGGUGGAAGCCGAGGUAUUCAUAAGCCAAAAGCAAGCACCUACUGACAACUGGAACUCCAGCAUCUCCAAACUCUUGUUCAUUGAUUCGAACUUUGAGACUCUGCCAGCCCACGCAUUCCGAGGGAUGAAACUACUGAAAGAGGUCAAGUUCUUCGGAGGCUCAAUAGGUAAAAUUAGAUCCAACGCUUUUAACGAACUCAACCAACUUAAACUGGUUGAAAUAGCUAAUAGUAGCAUUGAGAUAAUCGAGAGUAACGCCUUCAGCAACCUAACGUCUCUGAAGGAUCUGGCAAUUGUUCACACCAGCGUGGGAAUCAUCGAGUCUAAGGCUAUUUCGUUACUGAGACAAAACAAUGAUGAACAACUCUGCGCGGACGUCAGGACGUCUGUUCCUGACAACAACAAAGUAAUUAAUGACAUCGUGGGUCGUCAGUUGACCUCUACGGAUAACUUGUCGCUCCCGAAGUUCGGUUCGCGCCUCCUGCUCUUUAAGAACAAUAUCCAGACCUUGAAAACCCAGGCUAUCACUUCCCAGACUCUGGGAUUCCUCAUUGUAGGCGGGAACCACAUCGAAAACAUAGAAUCUCGAGCAUUUUCCAUGGAACUGUACAACGAAUGCGAGAUCAGCGCCGCCCUUUUCAUCAGCAACACGAUCAGCAACUUAGGAAGAUUUUCUUUGACAGCCUUGACAGCACGCGAUGACGUACCCUACCAGACCUUCAUAGCGUUGGCAAACAACACUUUCCUGAAGGUGGAGGAGCACGGGUUCCUCUUGAAUAAGAAUGUGACUGUCUUCAGUGUUGAGGAAAAUUAUUUCCAGUGCUCUUGCGAUGAGCUAAGCUGGAUCCAGUACCACGCAGAUUCCCAAAAUGAGCAAGAACUGGAGAAACGACUAGUUAUUAACGCCAAAUGUUUAGACGGGACCAACCUCAUUGCCUUCGCCUCGUCCUGCACAGACUACGGGGAACCCAGUGUUCAGAACACGUCACCAGAACCCAGCUUAAACCCACCAGUGGGUCAGACACCAGUAGUAAGUGGGGUCUCCGUUCAAACGAUGUCGCUUGCGAGCGGCUUUGUAAGCGUCCUCACCUUUAUGUUCAGCAGGAUACUUGUUUAAAGUCUGCUCGCGCCGCCGUCCAUCAUGCUCCGAGAAGUAUACCUAGUUUCAACAUGAAUAACACAGGUUUACUUUAGCUCCGAAUUAUGCUACAGACUAAAGCAUGCUUGCAGCUUGGUCAGUAGAUGAUAGGCCCAACACCAAAACAGAAGCUUCCUCGCGACUCUCUGACGGAGCUUACCAGCUGGAAUUUCCCUCCGAACUUAUGAUUCAAAGGACGACCAGACAGUGAGACAGUCCCCACUCUGCUCUGGUGGUGCUCUUUAUAUCAUCUCCAGCAGUAAGGCCAGGCACCAGUCUGCCAACAGUCAAGAGGCCAGGCACCAGUCUACCAACAGUCAAGAGGCCAGG